UAUGCUUCUUAUUAUAAGUCGUUAAAGGCAUAUCACCAUCAGUUCAAGAUGUCGGACGAUGAUUUUAUGUGCGAUGACGACGAAGAGUAUGAUUUGGAAUACUCCGAAGAGAGUAACUCAGAGCCGGAUGUGGACCUAGAGAACCAAUAUUACAACUCAAAAGCUCUCAAGGAAGAUGAUCCUAAAACAGCCCUGGAGAGUUUCCAGAAGGUGCUGGAGUUGGAAGGCAAGGAGAAAGGGGAAUGGGGAUUUAAAGCCUUGAAGCAGAUGAUAAAAAUCAACUUCAAACUGGGCAACUACGAUGAAAUGAUGAAACGAUACAAGCAAUUGUUGGCCUACAUCAAGUCAGCAGUGACCCGGAACUACUCUGAAAAGUCCAUUAAUUCCAUACUGGACUACAUCUCCACAUCCAAACAGAUGGAGCUCCUGCAGGACUUCUAUGAGACAACACUGGAAGCCCUUAAGGAGGCCAAGAAUGAGAGGUUGUGGUUCAAAACUAACACUAAACUUGGCAAGCUGUACUUUGACCGGGGAGACUACACUAAACUACAGAAGAUCCUCAAGCAGCUUCAUCAGUCCUGUCAAACGGAUGAAGGGGAAGAUGAUCUCAAGAAAGGGACACAACUCCUGGAGAUUUAUGCACUAGAGAUUCAGAUGUAUACAGCACAGAAAAACAACAAGAAGCUGAAGGCAUUGUAUGAGCAGUCGCUGCACAUCAAGUCUGCCAUUCCCCACCCUCUCAUCAUGGGAGUCAUCAGAGAGUGCGGAGGCAAGAUGCACUUGAGAGAAGGGGAGUACGAAAAAGCCCAUACUGACUUUUUUGAAGCUUUCAAGAAUUAUGACGAGUCUGGAAGUCCAAGGAGAACGACUUGCUUGAAGUAUCUGGUGCUAGCAAACAUGUUGAUGAAGUCGGGAAUCAAUCCAUUCGACUCCCAGGAAACCAAACCCUAUAAGAAUGAUCCAGAAAUCUUAGCUAUGACAAACCUAGUUAGUGCUUACCAAAAUAAUGACAUCAAUGAAUUUGAAAAAAUAUUGAAAACAAACAGGAAAAAUAUAAUGGAAGAUCCCUUCAUCAGAGAACAUAUUGAAGAUCUUCUUCGGAAUAUCAGAACACAGGUUUUAAUCAAGCUUAUCAAGCCUUACACACGAAUUCACAUACCAUUUGUAUCUAAGGAACUGAAUAUUGAUGCCACAGAGGUAGAGAACCUCCUUGUCUCCUGCAUCCUAGACAGCACCAUCAAGGGGAGUAUUGACCAGGUGAACCAAGUGCUGGAGUUGUCCCAGGAGGCCAGCAGUCUGGCAGCACGCUACUCCGCCCUGGAGAAGUGGACCAGCCAGCUCCACAACCUACAUCAAGCUGUCAUCAACAAGAUCGCAUGAGGCGCACACUAACUGUGCUGCAUGGCUACUUAGGGACUGGCUGACUAACAAACUGAAACCAGCCAUGUUGUUGUGAUUCCAGGAACUGAGAUAGAUGUGUCAUCUGUGACUGACGUAAUUUCAUCUAGAGGAUUCACUUACAAUAACAGUUCUAACUUCUGGAAAUGAGUCUUUCUGGCUUGAUUUCCUACUUAAGCACACAGAAUGUGACUUUUCUUUGUCCUGUAGAUACAAGUGUCAUGCACGUCACCAGGUAUAAGUGACCUAUUCUGGCAGUCUGUUAUGGACAUGAUUCUGCCCAAUACUACUUGCUGCUUCUUCCAGAGUUUUCUGUGUAUGAAGAAGAAACACAAAGGCGAAUAAUUGGAUCUUUGUUGUGUACCCGGUACAAAGAAUGUUUCAAAAUAUUGGAUAACGCAAGGGAAUAAAGUGAUGUUUUCUAUUUA